AUGCUUCGAGGAACCACUUCCACCGGCCCCAAAGUCCCCCUCUUCAGCAACCCCAAGAGACGCAAGCAGAAGCAGCAGCAGGAGCAAGAACAAAAAGACAAAGAAGAGAAGCUCCGUCAACAAGCUCUUGAGGAAGCCGAAUUCGCAACAAAGGCCGAGACAUCAGACUUCCUCCUCUACUACCUUGAGCGAUCCCCCUUCAAGGACCAAUGCGACCAGAUCUCCAUCGCCUGGGAGAACCUACCCAGCCUAAGCGAGCUUGAAUCUUUUGCACGCCUCGAUAAGACCGCCGGUACACAAGCAUGCCGUCGUCUCUUCAAGGCUGUUGUCAUCUGGGAUGACCUUGGUCUUGACCUCUGGGAAACCCUCAACAGCACCUUCCGCCCUGAGUCCGAGGAGGAGGACAGCGAUGAUGACUUCCUCGACCAGAUCCGUGAGGAGCCUUGCGGCUGGGACAGCCCCAGAAGAUCACGCUCCCGCGCCAGCUCAAGAACAUCCGCCUCCGAUACGCAAGCAUCUGAGCGCUCUCGACAGGUCUCAGCCGACCGUCAAGACAAGCGAAGUGGCAGCCGCGACUCGCGCAAGACAACUGCAACAAGAGAUCAGAGCCUCAACGGCAGAGCACCUCCCAGGAGACCCAUGGGUCUUCAGGGCGGUAUGAUCAGCGAGUACUACGACAGCCCUUCACGGUAUCGCGUACCCAAGAUUGUGCGAGUGCUGUAAGCACUGACCCAACUUAUAUUUAUCCACAAACCACCAACAAACACUACGAAUACCUUUCCUUUGUCUUUUUGUUUUUAUUGUAUUUCUCUAUUUGAAAGCGGGAGUUACUCUAUCAGGACUACAAAGUGCACAGCAGCCGCUAUACUAGCCAAAACAUUUUGUCUUUUUCGGUUUUCAUAUGUUUUAUCUGAGUAUUAGCAAGGCGUUUUGGACAACGGGACUGCAAACGGCACCGGACAAUAACGGAUUACGGAUGGAUACCACCAUAUUACUACAGCUGAGCAAAAUUGCCAGU